AUGAUCGCGAAGGAUUGGAUGAUGUUAAAAAGUGAUCAAGAAAGAAAUAUGAUGAUCCGAAGAGCGCAGACUGCACGUAUGAUUAUUAUUUGCUCCUAUUCUAUAAUGGGAUUUACAUGCUUUUUUAUCACAGUACUGCCUGCUUUUGGAAUAUCAAUGAGGUUGACUCCCAACAUUACUGAUCCAGGAAAACCAAUGCCUUUUCAAACCCAUUAUAUUUAUGAUAUAACAAAGAGCCCGCAAUACGAGCUGACAUUUAUUAGUCAAGCCAUCUGCAUACCAGUUGCCAUGAUGGCCUACACUGGAAUAGAUAAUUUUCUUAGUCUCUUAGUUUUUCAUAUAUGCGGUCAAUUGGACAUUCUCGAGAAUCGGUUGGCACAUUUGGAUAAACAUAUAAAUUAUCAUAAAGUGCUGAAAUGUUGCAUAGUAAAACAUAUCCGUUUACUUAGAGCUAUUGAUGUUAUUGAAGAUACAUAUAAUGUAAUACUUCUCUCCUUAUUUAUAUAUUUUACGCUACUCUUCGCAUUCUACGGAUUUCGGAUGAUUAGUCUAUUCGAUGAAGGAAAUGAUAUGUCACUCACUCACUUAAUAUAUUUUGUGUCCACCGUUUUCAAUAUAUUUAUAAAUAUGAGUUUAUAUUGUCUUCUCGGUGAAAUUUUGAUGACUCAGUGCAAUAAAAUAUAUUAUGCGGCAUAUAGCAACAAAUGGUACAUCCUAAAUUCGAAAAUUGUAGAAGAUUUGUUCUUUUUAAUGACAAGAGGUUCUAAACCAAUCUAUCUCACUGUUGGGAAAGUGUCUCCUGUUACAAUGGCCACAUUUUGCAGCUUUGUUAAAACAUCCGUUGGUUAUAUAUCCGUUUUGCACACAACGAAAAGUUGAAAAAAAAUGAGAAGAUGUUUUUUUUAUUAAUA